AUCGUAAAAACGAUUCCUUUCGAAUCAUCAAGUUCUUUAGGACCUUUAGAUUCUGAAGUUACAGCGCGAGGAAGAGCAAAAAGACAAACUAGUGCAAUCUAUGAUAGUGCAAGUAGACGAGCAACUAUAAGUCAUACUGGAACUAUAAUUGAUAACAAUAAUCAUAACCUUAUGGGAACAGGUGCAAUUUCUGGUGGUAAACAUCAACCUUUUGGUGUUGGUGGAAGUUUGGAUUAUACUCAUAAGCCAAGUGCUAGUACUCUCAGUGCUUCAGCUAAACAUCUUGAUGGAUUAGGAACUAAUGUUGGUGUAUCCGGCCGUUAUAAUUUCAUAAAUGAACGGAAUACUCAAGCAUAUAUUGGAGCAAAUUAUGAUAGACAAUAUGGAGGACCUUCUGGAACGGGAAACCCCAACUAUGGUGUAUUUGCUGGGUUGACACACAGAUUUUAAUAACUCAAUUUAAAAAUUUAUUUAAAAAACUACAAUUUAUUGUUAGAUGUGCCAUUAAAAAUGUAUGAUUUCAUCAAAAAUAAUAUAAAUAAAAGUUGUAAUUUAAUAUUAUAGAA